AGGCUCAGAUCCGGAUUCGGGACCCCGCGCAGGCGGCAGACCAUUUCUUUAGGAGUUCUUUAAAGAGGCCGGUCGAGGCUCGAAGAGUACGCGGGACAGUGAUUCUGGACACACAACUCCCCUUCCUGAAGAGCAGAACGCAGGAAGUUCCAAACGAAUGUCGCUCGUAGCGUUAUCCCGGAACCUGGAAGUUGUGAUGUUGCAUUCCCUCUGUGUUAAGGCAGGCAGUUGCAUGACAGAAGACACGUUUUUCCCGUAGUGCUUGUGGAUUCAUGUUGUAGUCCAGGAUUCUGUGUAAUUCUCACAACAGAACGUUUGGAUGAAGUUAGAGUGCAGUUUGUGAAAAGCAACAGUAUGCCGGGUGAUUUCGCUGGAUUGUUCAAGAUUAUAGAAUUAUGUCACCAGUUUCCUCAUGGAAUCACAGACCAAGUAAUUCAGAAUGAAAUGCCUCAUAUAGAAGCCCAACAGCGGGCGGUGGCCAUCAAUAGACUCUUGUCCAUGGGUCAGUUGGAUCUCUUAAGGAGUAGUACAGGCCUUUUAUACAGAAUAAAGGACUCUCAGAAUGCUGGCUCUGUCUCAUUCUUUUUAAGUAAAAUGAAAGGAUCGGAUAACCAGGAAAAGCUGGUCUAUCAGAUCAUAGAGGAUGCAGGAAAUAAAGGAAUAUGGAGCAGAGAUAUUCGAUAUAAAAGUAACUUGCCAUUAACAGAAAUCAACAAAAUUCUAAAGAAUUUGGAAAGUAAAAAACUUAUUAAAGCUGUUAAAUCUGUAGCGGCCUCCAAAAAGAAAGUGUACAUGCUGUAUAACCUGCAGCCAGACCGGUCUGUGACUGGCGGGGCCUGGUACAGUGACCAGGAUUUUGAAUCUGAAUUCGUAGAGGUGCUCAACCAACAGUGUUUUAAAUUCCUACAGUCGAAGGCAGAAACAGCCCGAGAAAGCAAACAGAACCCAAUGAUUCAGAGAAAUAGUUCCUUUGCAUCAUCACAUGAAGUGUGGAAAUACAUCUGUGAACUGGGGAUCAGUAAGGUAGAGUUGUCCAUGGAGGACAUUGAAACCAUCUUGAACACCCUUAUUUAUGAUGGGAAAGUGGAGAUGACUAUCAUUGCUGCCAAAGAAGGCACAGUUGGCAGCGUAGACGGACACAUGAAACUGUACAGGGCAGUCAGUCCGAUCAUCCCACCCACAGGCUUGGUGAGGGCGCCCUGCGGACUCUGUCCGGUCUUUGAUGACUGCCAUGAAGGUGGUGAGAUUUCACCUUCUAACUGUAUUUACAUGACAGAGUGGCUUGAAUUUUAAUAAAGGGCUCUGAACUUCACUGACAUUUUGCAAAUGAUGUUACUUCAAGAGCAACUAAUUGAAUUCAUAACAGAACUUCAAAUUUCCUUGAAAACAUACUUCACAUUAACAGAAACAGACUUGCUGCUGUGAAGGCUUUUGUCUUUACCUUACGAAGACUAAAUGUGUCCUGUAGAAUAGCCACAGAAAAUGGGACAGGCCAGGCUCUGGAAAAGCCCGCUCCAGCUCUGGGGGGGUCCCAGCCUUUGACACUCACAAGACUUUGGAAGACUCAGAGAAAGAAGCCAAAAGCUUAUCAAGCAUUGUGGUAAUGGCUGGAGCAAAAAAGUGUUUAAGUCUAAUAUGUCCGAUUCAUUUCUGCCUGUAGGGAUUGAAAUGUAAGAGAUAUAAACAAGAAUACUGACAAGUAUCACCACGCCCACUUUUGGGGCCCACAUAGCAUGCAGUACCAGGGAUCAAACUUCAGACUUUGUGCUUGCCAGGCAGGUACUUAUGCCACCGAGCUAUCUCUCCAGCCCCAUUUCAGCAGUUUAGAUUCAGUCUUAUAAAAUGACAUACAGGACUAUCUUUUUUUUUUUUUUUUUUUUUUUUCAGUACCAGGUAUUGAACUCAGGACCCUGCGCUUGCCAGGCAAGCACUUAUUCUACUGAGCCAUCUCCCUGGCCCUAGGAGUAUCUUACGAAGAUACUUUGUUUUGGUACUGAGAUUGAACUUAGGACCUCAUGUUUAUCAGACAGGUGCUAUGCCAGUGAGCUAAAUCCUUGGCCCUGAAGACACUUUUUACAAAAAGGACUUAGUGCCCUGUCCUUGCCAUCCAGGGAGGCAGCUACAAGCCAGCAGGCCUGCUGAGCACCAGAGAUGGCUUGGGGAACUGAACUGAAUCUUGCACUUUUUCACUUCCUCUACCUGUGGUUACUGUGCUGGGCAGCACAGCUCAGAAAUCCUGGGGGCUUACGUUAAUUAUGGGAGGAAUGCAGACUGUCAGGAUUAAUUCUUCCUUGUGUAUUAUUUAGAUUUUUUUCCUAUAAAGAAAAAAGACAAUAAAGUAUUAUAAACAAUUAUUGUUUUAUGCAUUUAUAGUUUUUUAAAGUAACUUAAAGCAGAGAGUAAUUCAAUUACUAUUUCCACAUGAUUCAAGUAAAGUUAAAUUCUGAUUGUAAGUUUGGUCAUAUCAGUGCUAAUCAAUCUCUAAGAACAUUCUACUAGUGUAUCUAAUUUGCUUUUUACUAACUUGUCAAAUUUUAAUUACAGAAUACAUGUUUAGUGUAACAUUCACGUAAUUCCCUGGUAUAAAAGUAAAAUGAGGAUAUUUAUC